AUGGGUAUUAUUGAAGAUGAUUUUGUGGAGGCUAUAAAGGAAUUCUUUUCAUCAAGAUCCAUCCUCAAACAAAUAAAUCAUGCUAUCAUUACUUUGGUGUCAAAAUUGAGGCCUAUUUCGAGUAGCAUUGUGGACCAAGCACAAGCCACUUUUGUUGAAGGUAGAAGUAUGACAAAAAAUAUCCAUCUUGCCCAAGAAAUCAUGAGACAAUUUAAUAGAAAGAGGAUUGCUCAUAGAUGCCUCUUAAAGAUUGAUCUAGGGAAAGCUUAUAAUUCGAUGAGUUGGGAUUUUCUAAAAGGAGUUCUUGAAGGGUUAUGCUUUCCUACGAAAUUUAUACAAUGGGUUAUGAAAUAUGUUACUUCUUCAGCAUAUUCCGUAGCUUUGAAUGGGAGUAUACAUGGCUUUUUCAAAGGUGGGAAAGGCCUCCAACAAGAUGACCCUCUAUCACCCUUCUUGUUUCUGCUUUAUUUUGAAUAUUUUUCAAGAAUGGUUAAGGCUACCUCUAAUGAUAGUGAAUUCAAUUAUCACCCUAAAUGUGGCCCCUUAAAGAUUACUCAUUUACCCUUUGCGGAUGACUUGAUGUUCUUUGCGAGGGGAGAUGUUAUGUCAGUGUAA